GGGGAUCGAGGAACAACACUGGAGUCGUCGGAUGAAAUGGAGAGUGGAGCUUGAAGGCAAAACUGCGCCGACAAGACUGGCGUCCCCUCCACCUUUCCUGCCGUCGCAUGGCUAUCAUUUCGUAGAUGAUAGAGAUCGGAAGGCUUGACAAGGAGAUGAGCGAUGGAGAUUUAAAUUGCGAGCGAUUGUGAAUGAUUCCGUCGCCUUUCGUUCAAGUUUGUGUGCGCACAGGUCAGCUGCACCGGCAGGCCAAUGUAAUCGUCAAAAUAACUUGCGUUACCCCGAGGAUAUUCUCUCCUUUAUAGUGGAUAUGCUAUUGUGUACACUAUUUGAUGUGAUAACCUGAUUUAGAAUACACAUUGAUGUUCUUCGAGGGACGCACUUCAAAGGAAAAGUCAUGAAGGACACAUCCGAAUCAAAGGACCAACAACUAACUGUGGCCCUGCGAAUCCGACCACUCAGUGAUGCCGAGCAGGAGGAAGGAGCCACCAUAGUGGCCCACCGGGUGGACGAACAGAUGGUGGUAUUGAUGGACCCCAUGGAGGACCCUGAUGACAUCCUCCGUGCCAACCGCUCACGGGAGAAGACCUACAUGUUUGAUGUGGCCUUCGACUACACGGCCACGCAGGAGGAGGUAUACAGGGCCACCACCAAAGGGCUGAUCGAGGGCCUCAUCUCUGGCUACAACGCCACCGUGUUUGCCUAUGGACCCACAGGCUGUGGGAAGACCUACACCAUGCUGGGUACGGAUAAGGAGCCGGGCAUCUACGUGCAGACGCUCAACGACCUGUUCCGCGCCAUCGAGGAGACCAGCGAUGACAUGCAGUACAGCGUCUCCAUGUCUUACCUGGAGAUCUACAAUGAGAUGAUCCGGGACCUGCUGAACCCGUCCUCCGGGUUCCUGGACCUGAGAGAGGACUCCAAGGGGGAGAUCCAGGUGGCCGGCAUCACCGAGGUCUCCACCAUCAACGCCCGAGAGAUCAUGGAGCUGCUGAUGAAGGGCAACAAGCAGCGCACGCAGGAGCCCACGGCGGCCAAUCAGACGAGCUCGCGCUCCCACGCCGUGCUGCAGGUGGCCGUCAGGCAGCAGAGUCGCGCCAGAGACGUGCUCCAGGAGGUCCGCUUCGCACGCCUCUUCAUGAUCGACCUCGCCGGCUCCGAGAGAGCAUCGCAGACCCAGAACAGGGGUCAGCGUUUAAAGGAGGGGGCCCAUAUAAACCGCUCGUUGCUGGCCCUAGGGAACUGCAUCAAUGCGCUGAGUGAGAAGAGUAGCAACAAGUACGUCAACUACCGAGACAGCAAGCUGACGCGCCUACUAAAGGACUCGCUGGGCGGGAACAGCAGGACUGUGAUGAUCGCUCACAUAAGCCCCGCCUCCAUGGCCUUCGAAGAGUCUCGCAACACGCUGACGUACGCUGACCGUGCCAAAAGCAUCCGUACAAGGGUGAAGCGUAACCUGCUGAACGUGUCCUACCACAUCGCCCAGUACACCAGCAUCAUCGCCGACCUGCGCAGCGAGAUCCAGAGGCUGAAGAAGAAGAUCGCCGAGCAGGGCAACCGCCAGAUCAACGCAGACCGCACCGACAUACGCCACGUGCAAGCGGAGGUGCAGGCCCACUCCAGCAGCCAGAGCCGUGCGGAGAUGGACCAGCUGAGGGAGCAGCUGAUCGAGGCCUUCAGGCAGCAGAUGGAGAUCCGCAAGAGCCUGAUGCAGCUGGACAACAGCCACAUGGAGAUCCAGAUAGACACCUCCAAACACCUCCUCACCAUCGCAGACUGGGAGCAGGAGCGGUGUCGGCGCCGGAGGAAGUGGCGUGCGGAGAGGAGGAAGGAGAGCUCCUACAAGGACGAGAGCGAGAAGGACUCGGAUUCGCCCGAGUCGCCGCCCGACAGCACGGAGACGCAGGAGGUGGCCCUGGCCCGCGAGACCCUGGUCACCCUCAUGGCAGAACAGAAGAAGAUACGCAAGCAGAAGGCCGCGCUGGAGCGUCGGUUUGUGGAGCUGCGGGAGCGUGCGAGGCGUCUGGAGGAGCUGCUGCCCAGGCGUGUGAGCUCGGAGGAGCAGAGGGAGGUGCUGGGCCUCCUGUGCAAGGUGCACGAGCUGGAGAUAGAGAAUGCCGAGAUGCAGUCCCACGCGCUGCUGAAGGACAACCUGAUCCGACAGAAGGACGCGGUGGUGCAGCGCUUCGAGCAGCACCGACACCUCUGUGACGAGAUCAUCCAGCAGCAGCGGCAGUUCAUCAACGACCACAGCCUCCUGGUGCCGCCUCAUCUGCAGGAGCUGUAUGAGAUGUACAUGAGGGAGCUGGACGAGAGGAGUCUGGACCGCAUCGUGGCCCUGGACAAGGUCACCGGACGCACCCUCAAGGCGGGUCCGUUGCCUAAGAUCACGUUGGCCAGUAGAGGUCGCGACCCCCUGCAGGAGCUGGACUCUGACCAGGAGAGCGUGCGCACGCUGGGCUCCGACCACCGCCGCGGGCGAGCCAAGAUCCGUCGACACACACUACCCCCAAUCCUGCCCGAACCAGAGGGGGACAACAACCGUGUGUUCAAAAACAGCCCUCAUGCCAGACAGAUGAAGAACACAGUGGUGAUGACACCUCCUCCCAUUCACAUAAAUGGGCUGGGUAACAGGGAGCUGCAUCCGUGUGUCCCAGAGAGUGCCCUGAGCUACAGCCACCUCAGCCACAGUGUCAGCAGUCACCUGGACUCCUCCCCAGAGAGCAGCGAGAACAGCACAGACGUCCCACUCACACGCAAAGAGCGGCAGCAGAUCAUGCGUGGCGUGGAGAGCAUCGCCGUCAAGGCGGCCCGCCGCCGCUCCAAGGCCCUGGAGGUGGACGCCCUGCGCCUGCCCCCGCCCCCCUCCCCGCUCGACUCCCACAAGCAGAAGAGCAGCCUGUCGCUGAGCGAGGCACCUCCCCUCGCCCCUCCCACACCCCGAGGAGGAGGUGGAGGUGGUGUUGGUGGUGUUGCUGGGGCCGGAGUCACUGGCAGCGGCGGUCAGCGCCAGCCAAGCCCGGAGCUGCGACACGCCACGUCGGACGACAACCUGUCCAGCAGCACGGGCGACGGCACCUGGACCCGGCCCCGCCACCAGCGGCCCCAGGCGGCCCGGAACCCGGGGCAGCGCGGCGGCGAUCAGGACUUUGAGGCCCGCCGACGCAAGAAGAGGUCCCGCUCCUUUGAGGUCACAGGCCAAGCUCUGUCUCAGGCCAAGACCACAGCUCAACGCUUCCGCCCCCUGGACAGCACCUCGGACCCCCACCUCCACAUCAACAGGCCACCGGCCCAGGCACCCCACCUGCGCCCCCAGCACCGCGGGGUCCCCCCACUGGCCAAAGCACGACUCCCCCACCACCCCUCACAGACCACCACAGGCCAAACAGUGGACAACGGCACCAACUCCAUGUCUCACCUGGCCCAGUUGAAGCGUGCGCCCCAGCUCCGUCAGCCUCAACCCCUGCUCUACGUCACGACCACAGGGCCAGGGGGACAGCGCACACGCAAACACUGAGGAGGA